AGUCGCUUUGAGGGACAGGCAACGAACUGUGUGACAUACAGAAUAGGCAUUAAGAUAACUGGUCCAAUUUGCUUUUCUGUUCAUUGAUGUUUUGAGGAACAAAUACUACAGCAUCAAUAAUCAGCUCAUAAUAAUGAGUUAAAACUGGAAAGUGUUUUAAAGCCAAAUUAUAUACGCUCACCUUCCACUUUAUUAGUGACACCCGCCCAUUCAUGCACUUAUCUAAUCAGCCAAUCAAGUGGCAGGAAAGAAAUGCAACAAAAAAAAUCAUACAGACACAGGUGGAGCUUCAGUUAAUGUUCAUAUCAGACAUCAGAAGUCGGAUUUCUGUGACUUUAAUGGUGGCAUGGUUGUUGGGUUGGUUUAAUUAUUUCAGAAACUAAUGAUCUGGGAUUUUGGGAUUCUCUAGAGUUUACACAGAACAAUUGCAAAAAACAAGAAGCACAUGCUGAAGAGAUCUGAGCUCAAGCUGCCAGAAUAGAUAUAAUGUCUCAAAUAGUCAUUCUUUACCAUCAUGGUGGACAGAAAUGCCUUUCAGCACCCACACAAAAACACUGACCUUGAGGUAAAUGAGCUACAACAGCAGAAAAACAAGAACAGGAAUCCGAGGCUAUCAUUAGCCUAGACUCAUCCUGGAUAAUUGGUCCCAUCUUCAGCUGUAAGGUUACUUGCCUCAGUGUGAAACCUGAUUUGGUUUGUUGUAGCUCAUCCACCUCAAGAUCCUGAGAUGCUCACCACCAUUGUAUAGAGUGCUGAUAUAAGUCACUAUAUCCUUACUGGCAGCUCAGACCAGUCUAGUCAUUCUCCUCUGCUCUCUCUCAUCAAGGUGCAGAACCUAUUCACACGGAAUGUUUUUGGUUUUUUUUGCACCGUUCUGUAUAAACUGUAGACAAUGUUUUGUGUGAAAUUCACAGUAUAUCAGCCCAUCUGGCACCAACAUCCAGGCCACAGAGAUUUCUUCCUCCUCAUUCUGAUGUUUGAUGUGAACAUUGACUGAAACAUUCGGAAUAUUUCUGCGUGAUUUCAUGCAUCGUGUUGCUGCCACAUGAUUGGCUGAUUAGAUAACUGCAUAAAUGAGCAGGCGCACGUGUGUUCCUAAUAAAGUCGAUGGCAAAUGUACAUUUAUUAAUAUUUUUAUCGCCUGAGGGUCAGUACUCACACCAAGAUCAGAGCAGCAUGUUUGGAGUUCCUCCUAAUGAUCUCAUUCAGUCUCACCUUUCUCUCUGACUAAAAGAUAAUAAAAAAAAAAGAAAGACAUCAUUCAACAAGGACUAAUAUGCAGGGCAAAUGGGCUGAUGAUAAUGUCAUUUAUCACAAAACCUCACAGUGUUGCUUAAUCUUUCAGAGGAGGGUAGCUAAGGCAUGCUCAAAAAGUCUGCAUGAAGAAGGAAGAUGUUCUAAAGAUAAAAUAGAUUUGAAAAGGAAUCAAUAGUUAACUUAUUUCUUAUUGUUAUUUACAAAAUCUGUUAGAUAUUUAUCAAGAACGCAGACAAAUAGGUCUGCAGUAGGAGUAAUAAACUUGCAUUUAUUAUCUGUAAAGCUAUUAAUAAAGAGCAUGGGUAUGAAAACCAGUGGUGGCCAGUGAUAAGUAGGGGAAAGAGAAAAAUUAGGACCGAUUUUGUAUUCUGAACAAUGCAAAAUAUUGUGAAGCAUUUUGUCUUUAUACAGUCACGCCAGCCCACCAGUACCUCCACUUCCCAGAACACACUGCAACCUACAAACAUACAGUAUCUACAAUGGACCCCAGUACAACACUGGUACCUUCCCAGUAACCCGAGAUCUAACCAUACACACUUGCUCCUAAUCACACACAUGCUAUAUAAAUACAGACUCUCAGACUCUGACUUACCAUCAAUGCAUUGUAUAUAAUCGCACUUUUCUAGUUUUUGUAGCUUAACAAGGCAAGAUGUAGGCUUAAUAGUUAAGGGUAAUGCUCAGAAGGUCCCCCCAGCACUUGAGCAAAGCCCUUAAACCUCUCUGCCCCAGGGACACUUAACUGAUAUUGUGCUCUGACCUCAACUUCCUAACAUCUGGGAUAAGCAAAGAAAAGAAUUUCACUGUGCUUUAAUUAAUAUGUGAAAAGGCUGCUGUGGCUAGUUUCUGGAUUUGUCCACAUUGCACUGCUGAGACCCUGACUUUCUACAUGUCCCUGUCCCAGUUUUUGAAACUGUCUGCAGUCUCUUUUUAAUAAAAAUAUAUAAAAAAAAAAACAAAUAAAAAAAAUAAAAUAAAAGGUUUUACCAGGUUAUGAGAGUAAAUAAAUACAUUCUUCCUAAAAACUGAUCUGAGUUGGGAAAGAUGAUUAAAACAUGAUGAGGCCUGUAGCAGUGCCUGAGGUGUCAUUUUAACUGGCAGAGCUCCAACGACCGAUGACAGCAGUGCGGGGGCUGUUUCCUGUCACAGCUACUGAAGAGCUCUUAUUAAUGGCUAUAACAGGGUUGUGUAACCGUAUAACAAACAAUCCAUGUUGGUCAUUGUGAUCCAGAUCUAUCAGGCCCAGCAUAUUCUCUAUAUGUUAACUCUAUAGACUGCACAGGCUGGGAUGCAGAAUGCUGAUUCCUGCACACAUACCCACGAUGCAUCAUUACACCCCAGUGAUCUGCCUGAUAGGCUUGCACAAGCACAACUUAAUGCUGAAUCAAUGAAACCUGCUGCCUCAACUCUAUGACCUAUAGCAGCUGAACCAGAGCCUUACUGAGUGCAGGGCAGUUGCUAAUGUUUGCACAAAAAGCCACUAGAUUUGCUAAAGGGCUUUCAAAAGUCACUAAUUGGCAACACUGCUUGCCAUCUGUCACAGACACACCUUGAGCCUCAAUGCAUCCAUCUGUUUAUCUGAAACUUUCCAUGGACAGGAUGUCUUCUGCUGCUGCUCUGACUCCUGUCUCUGCUGCUCCUCUCUGACCCUGAACGACGCAACUGAGUCCUCAAAUCUCUUCAAGCUGCAGGAAAUAAUACAUUUUUUAAAAUGCUUUCUGAUUAAAAGUGGACUGCUAAAGUAUAUUCAGUGUAUUUUCAAGCUUGUGGAAAACAACCUACUUUUUAGAGGAAGGCAACUUUUCAGUGUCUGUCAUGACAAUGACUUCAUGGACAUCCAAACGAAAUCUUUGUAGUAAAUCGAUCAUCCUGAGAACAGAUUCAUAGUUAGUUAUGGUGAAUGUAACAUCUCAUCAUCUAUGACUAUGGAUAAACAUUUCAUAUUAAACAAAAAUAUACUCUUUGCGCUCGUCCUCCAUGGUCUGCAGCUUCCCUAUGACAAAAACACGAACUUUACUUCUCCUCCAGUGCUUUCUUCUAGUUAACAGAUAUGGCACCAACAGUGUCAGACCUGAGGUAAAAGUCAGGGCCAAUCAUUACACAAAAAAGUUUAUGGUUCUUUAAAGAAGCAUUAUAACUAUUGUUACUUUUAGUAUCAAAUCCUACCUUUCUCAAUAAUACCUUACCUCCGUCAUCAGAGAUCCAGUACACGUCUAUGGUCUUCCGUCCCUGGUUGUUUUGAAAAACUGUUCUGCUCUUGUUAUCAAUGACGUGGUUUGUUUUUUCAUCAUCUGCGGCAAAGCAAAGAGAAAUGUGAUAUCAGGGUUAUGACAAAUGUAGUUUUAUGAAGCAAAAUAGUUAAAUAAGGAUGCUUCCUCAUAUAAUCUCACAGAGAUUUCCCUUUCCACUGUUACCUCGGGUAUUCUCAUUAAGGAUUAAAAUAAAUUUCAUUUUAAACUUAGUCAUUUUUAAUCUAGUUUUUAAUAUUUCUGUAAAGCUGCUUUAAGGCAAUUUCUAUUGUUAAAAGCACUAGACAAAUAAACUUGAAUUGAAAUCGAAAUAGCACAUGUAAACAUAGAAACUUUAAACUUAGUUUCUUUACCUGAUUCUAUUUCCGAUUUCUGACUCUGUUCUGACUCCAUGGUCUCAUCUGCCUCGAAUGCAUGGUUUGCUAUAAAGAAACAGAAUAUUCAUUAUUCGCAAAGCUUGUACAAACAGGAAACAAACAAACAAUAAAUAAAUAAAUAAAAGAUAUAUACAGUUAUCUUCAGACUCCAACUCUUCUGCAAUGUCAAGUCCAUCCAUCAUUUUGAGAAUACACACUCCAUAGUUAGAAUCGAAUGUAUCACUGGGAAGAAGUAAAAUUGAAAGGCAGUAUGGUUAUUAUGGUAAAAAGACGUUUACUUUAUUAUCAGAGGAAAAAAAAAACGUUACAACUGCUGAUUUUACUCACUAUAUGGUGUUAACAUAAUCCUCCAGGUUAUAGGGACUGCACUCCUUCCAGUUAGUCUUGAACCCCAUAACCAGGGUAUUAGGCUUAAGUUUUCCUAAACCAGAAGCCUUUAAGGGAUUAAAAUAGUUAUUUAGAAUUGAAAAAAUAUAUAGCAGUGAGAUUAAAAGUCAUUUGGUGUAGUUGGUGUACCUGCAUGAGAUGCUGAGUUCCUUCUCUCAAACUGUUUCCCUUAAAGGGACUGUAAAAGGAGUGGAUUUUCCUACUGUUCAGCCAUUUUACUAAUUUGUCUGUACUGGCUUGGGAGGUGACAGACUUCUCAUCCUGGAGACACAAAAACAUUUAUCCAUAUUAAAGGAUCUAUAGCAGCUACCGGUUGUUUAGGGUGAAGGUUAACAUGCUUCCUCUGAGACUCAUGAAUUCAGCCAACUAUUUAUUUUUAUUCAAACUGCUGCUAGUGCUAGUCACAGGCCAGUGGAUCACACUCAGAGUAAAGUGUAUCUGUAUUUGCCCUCAAUCUCAUACAUGAGAUUAGAUUAUAUAUAUAUAUAUAAAGUAUAUAGUGAGCAGUAUAAAGUGAGCAAAGAUGGAUAUUGUGCAUAGAAUAUAUGAGCUCACUUAUACAUGUAUUUAUCUAGUAUUGCUGUAUUUGUCUUCCCACAGACGGCCAUCUUUAUAACCCAAGGACAGUCCUCAUUCUCACCAUGAGAAUAUUUCCGCAGAUCAUCAGACUGGCAUUCUUUGUGAAAGAACCCACAAAGUCAACAAGAGCUGGACGCAAGUUUGGAGGACCGGUCAAAACCAAACACUGAGGUCUGAAGGAAAGAGAAAGUAGCAAGAGAGACUGAAUAGGAUAGAGCCAUGUUGUAGGCACCAGCCUGGACAGACGAGCCCCAGUUAACCUCUAGAAGAAAUAGAAUAAUGUCUCUGCAGCAAAAGCAAGAAAAUAAGCAAGAGCAAGAAUUAUCCCUCCGUCAGAGGAUGGCAUUAUUUCAGGCCAGUCCUUCAGUGAGGCAGACAAGCAGCAAAGGAAGUGGUGCAUGUAAAAGAAAACAGGCUGAAGCAGAAACAAAUACAUCCAUCUCCCCAUCCCUUCAUAUUCAAAAAGACUAUAAAGGCUGCUCUUCUUCUACCCUUAGUAAUGCCCACCUCAUUUCUACCUCAUGCCCCCCAUCAUCUGACACCUCCCCCAGUCAAGAGCUCACCUCAUUUCUGCUCCCUUCCUACUGUGACUCUCUCUUUAGCUCAUUACACAGUUUAAAAGAAGAGGGACUUCUGUUGGACUGCAGCUUACAACUAGAUAGCAAUACAUACAAAGUUCACCAACUGGUGCUCGCUGCUGUUAGUCAAAAAGCAGAGGAGUGGCUGUGCUCCAACAAUACAGAGGUGAAUUUGUAUAAUUUAGGAGGACCUGGGUGUCAUAUAACUUCUGCAGGACUGAACGCUGUCCUGAAUUUUGCUUACCAUGGAGAAUUGAAUAUGAUUUUCUCUGAAGCCAGAGAUUUGGAGGAGAUUCUGAUGGCUUGCAGAUGUUUGGGAGUGGAUCGACUCUCAGAGAUGUGCAAGGCUGAAGAUAUGUCCUCGGGGAGAGAGGAGAGAGAACACAGCCUUCAGGCGAUCAGGGCACUGUGGGAGAGACGUGUUGGCUGUGAUGUUAUCAUGGAGGUGGAAAGUGGAGAGCGUUUCCCUGCCCAUCGUGUUAUACUUGCUGCUGGUGGAGACUACUUCAGAGCCCUCUUUUGCAGUGGGCUACGUGAGUCCAAGGAGGAGGUGGUGUGUUUGCGAGGCAUUGCAUCAUGGGUGCUGGAAUCCCUGCUGGAGUUCAUGUACUCUGGACAGUUAAAGCUGGGCUGGCAGAAUAUCUGGGACCUCACUGAAGCAUCUCUGCAAUUCCAACUGCAAGGGGCGCACAUACUAUGCUCAGAAUUUCUACAUGAUCAUAUGAACGACGCUUCCUGUUUGGACACUAUGUUUCUAGCUGAGACAUAUGGACUGGAGAAUCUUGGUAGGGCAGCAGAAGAGUAUGCUUUAGCUCACUUUCAGCAGGUUUCAGAGAGAGAGAAUUUUAAAGAUCUCACCUGUACCGUACUGGAGCGUCUGUUGGAGAAGGAUGAGCUGAGGGUAGACUCUGAGGUGGUGGUGUUCAGGGCCUUAAUGAGUUGGGUUGAGGAGGAUAAAGCACACAAGAUGACCAAUUUACAAGGACUUCUCCAGAUAGUCCGCUUCCCACUAAUGAGUCCAGCAGAGCUAGAGGAGGUUGAGGGCUGCAGUCUGCUACGUAGAAAUGCAGAGGGAAGGGAAGCCUUACAAAUAGCGAGGAAGCUUCUCAAAGGAAACCAGAAAGUGACAGGAUGUAAACCACGUACCCCAAAUCAGGUCUUGGUGUUGGUGGGAGGGGACAGUGUGAAUGACAACUUUGAGCGGCGGGAACCGAACCGGUCCCUGUGGUUUGCUCAGCGAUUUCUGAGAGGAGAAGGACUCAUUCGGACUAUAGAGUGGGAACCUUUGGUUCAGCUACCAGAACCCCCACGACUUCGCCACUGUGUGUGUGUGCUCGAUAACUGUCUGUACAUACUGGGAGGCCGCAAGUACUACGGAAAACUGGAUAUACUCAAGUCUGUGGUGAGAUUCAGCCCUGCCCAGGGUCAAUGGGAGUGUUUACCUGAUAUGGCCAGUCCCAGAGACUACUUUGCUGCUGUGUGUUGGAGAGGCAAGGUGUUUGUCCUGGGAGGCAACCGUGAUGACACAAAUUACCUGGAUUCUGUGGAGUAUUACACACCUGAAGAUAAUACUUGGCGGUCGGCUCAUCCUUUAGACACGCCCAUCUGUGGCCACGCUGCUGCCACAUUGGAUGGUGAGAUUUUCAUAUCAGGUGGCUGUGACUCUCACCUACGCUGUCUUCCUUCUCUGUGGCACUAUGAUCCUGUGUAUGGCUGCUCAAACAGAGCUCCAAUGGCAAGUGGAGCUGGACGCGCAGGUCAUGUGAUGCUGGCUGUAAGAAAUCAACUGGUUGUGGCCGGAGGGCUACAGCCGCUGCAGGUGGGUUUUGGAGACCAGUUACAAUGUGAGGCAUACGAUGUGAUGCAGAAUCGCUGGAUGCCUCUUCCCCCUCUGCCUCGACCCCAUCUUUCUCCUGCAGCCACAUCCCUGGAUGGAAUGCUGUAUGUCUUGGGAGGGUCUUCAUCUGAUUCAGGAUAUGACACACCAUGGGUUUAUCGAUAUGACCCACAGGACAAAUUCUGGGACAAACUAGGAACAAUGCCUCGUGCUUAUGCUGACCUUGCAGCAUGCAUGCUUCAAUUACCCAUAAGCCUCAGGGGUUAAUGUUGACGUCUGAAUAUUAUAGAGUAAGAUUCUGUUGAAAACUGCAAAGUGAGUGUAAAAAGGUAUAAAUUGUGCACAGAGUAUUAAAGCUAAUGAAUAUAAAAGUACACGGUCAGUUAAAAGUAAAGUCUGGAACAGUUGAACAUUUGUCAGGAUUUAGAUGUGUCUGUAUUAUCACAAUUUGAGUCCUAGGGUCAUCAAAUGUGUUUGAAUAUAAACUUGUGAGCAAGGUGGUCUGAAGAUGAUGUGAGCCAGUGGAGCUGUAGUCAAGAUAUGGCUGCACUUCCUGUUUGCCGGCUUCAAUGUCAUUUCUGUUUGUUUGUUAGCAGUUAACCAAUUAGACAUGAAAUGAUGUCAUAGGGUGUGUUGGGAUCGGCACGAUGCAAUGAUUUAUUUGGAAAAAGAGAAUUUUAUUCACACAUCAGAAGUUAUUCGCAUAAAUAUACAUUGAAAUGUGGUCCAGUGGGAAUAAUGGUGCAGUGACUAUUGGUACUGUGCUGUUAGUGUGCCAAAACUCACAACAUCUAAGGGCUGCCACAGAAUAAUAAUAAUAAUAAUAACAACAACAACAACAAC